UCUAUAAAAUUUUGAAUUCGGUCACAGUCUCGCCGACUGUUCACUUUGAAUUAUCUACAAAAUUUAUGUUUUAUUAUAUGUUUGUGAAAUAUUUAAUAACAGAAAUAUAAUUCUAAUUAUUACGGAGUAUUGGUAUCUGGAAUGCGAAAAUGAUUUGAAAAAAAAAAAUAGUACUCAUAUUUUAUUGAUCUUCUUCCUCCUGUUUUAUAUUGGAUCGUGGUGAGUGUGUAUGUGUGUGAAGAAUCUAUCUAUAUCUAUUAUUAUCAAAGAAAAGAAAAGAAAAGAAGAAUGGAAGGAGCAAUGGGAUUGAUGAGAAGAAUCCCACCAAAACACACAGAAACAGCACUCAAUGCACUUCUUUCCCUCUUACCUGAUCACUCCUCUGAUCUCCUUUCUCAAAUUGAUCUCCCUCUUCAGAUCUUAUGUGACGUGGAUAAUGGGAGAGAGUUCGUUUUGUGUGACUACAACAGAGAUGCCGACUCUUACAGAUCGCCUUGGUCAAACAAAUACCAUCCUCCAUUAGAGGAUGGGUUAUAUCCAUCUGCGGAAUUGAGGAAACUUGAAAUCGAAGCAAACGAUGUCUUCACAAUAUAUCGUGACCAGUAUUAUGAAGGUGGUGCUUCGUCAGUCUACUUGUGGGAGGACGAUGAUACAGAAGGCUUCUCUGCUUGUUUUCUGAUUAAAAAGGAUGGAUCUAAGUAUGCGCAUGGCCGAAGAGGUUACCUGAAUGAGGGAGGUUGGGAUGCUAUACAUGUUAUUGAGGUGGGCCCGGAAGUAGAAGGUAUCGCAAAUUACUGUCUAACGAGUACUGUAAUUCUAUCAAUGACUACAGAUCAUGAGACAUCUGGCACAUUUAGUUUGUCGGGAUCAAUCAGGAGACAGAUGAAAGCAGAUCUCUCGGUAGCAGAUGGCCAUCUAUGCAACAUGGGAAAGAUGAUAGAAGAACUUGAAGGAAAGUUGAGAUAUUCACUUGAUCAGGUUUACUUUGGGAAAACAAAGGAGAUGAUAUGUAAAUUGCGUCCUUCUACCGAACUACCAAGUACAAGACUUCCUUGAAGUUCAAGCGAUGGUGAUCACAUACGACCAGUAUUCAUGUAGGCAGUGUUGAUGAAUUAGUGCUGUUUUUGGCAGCACAUUUUGGUCAGUACAUUUCAACUUCCAAUAGACCUUAUAUCUUGUGCUGGAGCUCAUGUCAUGUCCAUUACGGCAGAACAUUAUAUAUACCGAUUUGCUAUAAAAAGAUUAAAGUUCAGGUUAUCGUGAGGGCUUUAGACCGGAGGUUCAUGCACAGCCCUUCUCUGUAGUAUUUAAAACUGGCCUCAUAUAGUUUAUGUAGCGACCAUAUUUGGAUGGUCCGAAUAAUCUAAAGUACUUGGACCUUUGUAAUAUCAAGUGACAGUACUAAUGGUUUUUGGAUGCAUAUUUUGAUA